CAGCUGGGAAUAGAUUCAGUACGAUCUCAGAGCGGCAACUAGCAACAUCGAUAUAACGAUUAUUGCGCUCAAACCAAAAUUUUUAAAAAUAUAUCGAAACGAAAUUGUGAUUCACGUUCUAUCAAAUUUAUAUAUAUACAUAUAUUUGUAAUAUAUUUCUACUACUGCACACACUCACGCACUAAAAACCAACCUCGCAAAUCUUGCAAACGUGUUCCGUACUUCGUCUUCGUGUCCGUAUUGUGUCGUAUCUCUCGUUUCCGGUCAAGUCUACCGCAAUAUGAGCACAUCAGUACCAGCUCCAGAACCUAGAGAAUCUGCUCCAGUUGAACGCGAGGAACCUGCUGCUGCUGCUGCUCGCUUGACUGUAGACAACGAGCCUGAAGUCGCCGCCAGUGCUAUCUCAAGCCAGACUGAGGGCCUAGCUAUCGAUCAGUUGUGUGUGGAUAAAGAAGUGGGAGACGUUCCGGCUGAUAACUACCUCUAUACAGAGUCUGGUCAACGCGACGAGGCAGAUCAAACACGCAAAGAUUCUGGGACCGAUCCCGAAAGGCCCGUUUCCCUCGAUAAGAUGGCGGGAGCACCAAAUCUCCUGGAGCCUUUGGACCCGUGCCCCGAUAAUGUAGAGGAUCCAAAGGAGGCUUGCCGACUGGAUUCUCGUAACCCGAUCACGGGCCUGGGUCUCAACGGGGAUGGUGUGGGUGGACUGAAGCCAAAGAAGUUAAAGAUACGAGAGGGCAACCCCGUCACCGGCGAGGGCUACAAGGCCGGAGGCACCGAUUAUCAGCAUCGCCAGGACACUUCCCAUGGCGGCACUCCUAUUAUCAACAAGAAUCGCGUUCCCCCAGGCGGCUACUCUUCGGGACUGUGGUAAUGGCGACGGGAAUUGAUCCAGGAUCCCCAGCACAAUGUGUGGCGUAAUGGCGGGAUGGAGGAGGAGGAACCACAAGAAAAAAACCAAGAAAACAAAAACAGAUACACAAAAAAAAAAUUAAAUCGUACUACCCCAUAUACGCAUAACCCUUACCCUUACCCUACGUACACACACACAACAAGGAGCAGCACAUGCGAUCGGAGUAGUAGCGGCAGGCCAGCAAGUUUUGCCAACGAAUACAAGAGAGAACUCAUUGCUCAACGAGACGGAGAUCACCGACGACGACGACGAUGCUGCACACCCAAAACGAGAGUUAAUCGAACACAUUUAAGCGACAUUCGCACUUAAACCCAACCACUACCAGAGACAAGCCCCCCUUUGAAGACCUACAUUUUAAAUUCUUUAGUUUAUGUAAACCCAUGUCCCCUGCCUCCCAUCCCAUACAGCUCAAGGGUAUGGAUAUAAAAGCAGAUCAAGGCGCAACGGGACUUUGCACACCUUUCGAUAUUUUAAUGCUAAUUGCAUUAACCACACGCUACAUCUAUAUAUUUAUAUCAAUCGCAUUCACACGACCACUCACAUACAUAAACUACAUACAUACAUAAUAUACAUUGUAUUACCAUUACAUUAAAUAUGUAAUUUAAACAGUACGCAUGUACGUACUAAUGUGCACGUACUAAUAAGGUGUAAAAAUACAAAAUUCAAACGCGAAUAUUUGUUCAAUAAAGAUCCUUUCGUACAUAA